AUGCAAUUAUCGAUUUCGGUAUUAACUACUGUUGCCACUGCUUUGCUUGCUGGGGUUGAAGCUGCUAAACAUAGCACUAAGAUUAAUAAAUUGAGUAAUGAUGAAGCUUUAAACGUUAAUGGAUUCAAAGAGUACACUGGAGCUUUAGCAGAUAAAUAUAUGAAUAUUUUCAAUGCUGCCAAUGGGAAUCCAACAGCCUUUGGAAGCGGAGAAGAUGUUAAUAAUGCACAAGUUCCAUUUAUUAAUCCAGAAUCUAAACAUGAAGCACCUUUAACUAAUUACUUAAAUGCUCAAUACUUUACUGAAAUUCAAUUGGGUACUCCAGGUCAACCUUUUAAAGUGAUUUUAGAUACUGGAUCUUCCAAUUUAUGGGUUCCAUCCCAAGAUUGUUCUUCCUUAGCAUGUUUCUUGCAUACUAAAUACGAUCAUGAUUCUUCUUCUAGUUAUAAGGCUAAUGGUUCAGAAUUUUCUAUUCAAUAUGGUAGUGGUGCCAUGGAAGGUUAUGUUUCUCAAGAUACCUUGGCUAUUGGCGACUUGAUCAUUCCAAAACAAGAUUUUGCCGAAGCUACUAGUGAACCGGGCUUAGCUUUUGCUUUUGGUAAAUUCGAUGGUAUCUUAGGUUUAGCUUAUAAUACCAUUUCGGUUAAUAAAAUUGUUCCUCCUAUUUAUAACGCUAUUGACCAAGGCUUAUUAGAUACUCCUCAAUUUGCCUUCUUUUUAGGUGAUAGUAAUAAGGAUGAAGAAAAUGGUGGGGUUGCCACUUUUGGUGGUUAUGAUGAAGAUCAUUUCUCCGGUGAUAUCACCUGGUUGCCAGUUAGAAGAAAGGCUUACUGGGAAGUCUCUUUUGAAGGUAUUGGUUUAGGUGACGAAUACGCAGAAUUAGCCUCCACUGGUGCUGCCAUCGAUACCGGUACCUCCUUAAUCACUUUACCUUCUUCAUUAGCUGAAAUCAUCAAUGCUAAAAUUGGUGCCACCAAAUCUUGGUCUGGCCAAUACCAAGUUGAUUGCGAUGCAAGAGAAAACUUACCUGAUUUAACCUUAAACUUAGGUGGUACUAACUUUACUUUAUCUGCUUACGAUUAUACUUUAGAAGUUGGUGGCUCUUGUAUUUCUGCCUUCACCCCAAUGGAUUUCCCUCAACCAAUCGGGGACUUGGCCAUUGUUGGUGAUGCCUUUUUAAGAAAGUACUACUCCAUUUACGAUUUGAAAAAGAAUACUGUUGGUUUAGCCAAAUCUAAAUAA